ACAGACAUUUUCCUGGUGUAUGGAUGUGGCUACUUUCUGCCCUAGCAGAGAGAAGAAGGGAGGAGGCCUCAUUGUAACUCUGGCCCUGGCCCGGUUCCCACCGACUCUUUCCUCAGAUGUCCACUGUUUUUUUUAUCUCCUCCCUGUUCCCCUCCACCCGGCUUGAGCCAGUGGAGUACCAGAGGGAUCAGACAGUCACAACCCAGGCAAUGUCGUACUACCUCACCUCAGAAAAGCACCUGGACCCAGGGCCCAUCUACGUGCGAGAGAAUGGGCAGCUGCACACGGUCGGCCUGGCUCGAGGUGGCGUCAGGAGCAGCCUGAAGAGGCCCAAUCCUUUCAGACUGUUCCCCAAAGGCUUCUCUGUGGAGCUUUGCAUGAACAGGGAAGACGACACUGCUCAGAAAGAGAAGACGGAUCACUUCAUCUUCACGUACACCCGGGAGGGGAACCUUCGGUACUCUGCCAAAUCCCUCUUCAGCCUCGUUCUGGGCUUCAUCUCUGACAAUGUGGAUCACAUUGAUUCCCUCAUUGGCUUUCCUGAGCAGAUUGCUGAAAAGCUGUUCUCUGCUGCUGAAGCCAGACAGAAAUUCACACAGCCAGGUGCAGGCCUGCGGGCUUUACAGAAAUUCACAGAGGCCUACGGGAAUCUGGUGCUCUGUUCCCUGUGCUUGCGGAACAGAUAUCUGGUGAUUUCAGAAAAGCUUGAGGAGAUUAAGUCCUUCCGGGAGCUGACCCGCCUGGAUCUUUCCUGUUGCAAACUUGGAGAUGAGCAUGAACUCCUAGAACAUCUCACCAGUGAGGCCCUGUCCAGUAUAACUCAGCUCCACCUGAAGGAUAAUUGUUUAUCUGAUGCUGGGGUGCGGAAAAUGACAGCACCAAUUCGUGUGAUGCAAAGAGGCCUUGAGAACCUAACAUUGUUAGACUUAUCUUGUAACCCUGACAUCACAGAUGCAGGAAUUGGAUACCUCUUUUCUUUUAGAAAACUAAACCGUUUAGAUAUCUCUGGAACGGGACUCAAGGAUAUCAAAACUGUCAAGCACAAACUUCAGACUCGCAUAGGCCUUGUUCAUUCCAAAGUGCCUUUGAAGGAAUUUGAUCAUGGUAACUGCAAGACAGAGGGCUGGGCCGACCAGAUUGUCCUGCAGUGGGAUCGAUUGAUUGUGGAAGCCUUGAAGCCGUCAAGUGUCCCUGAACCUCGAAAGACAGCUCAGUACUUCUAUCAGAAUCGAGCUCUAGUGGAAGCCUCGAGGAUAUGCGCGCUGGCAGACACCCACAUGAAAUCUUCUGGAAAACUCCAGUUCUACAAAGAGAAAGCCCUGGACUGCCGAGGGCCAUUGUUGAAGCAUGAAGCUUCCUCCAACCAAGAGUCAAAGAAGAGCAAGAAGAGAACUUUUGAGGAGUCAGAGCAGGAACAGAAUAAUUCUUCACAGGCUUCAAAGCAGAAAUAUAUGUGUCUUGCUGUGGAAGACUGGGACUUGUUAAACUCCUACUGACCGGCAGAUAUAAGUUGACUUUUCUACAUUCAACUCUAGUGUGUGAAGAAAGGGGACUGAUAAUUACAUUUUGUUUGAAUUUACCUAUGACAUUAGCAUAGCAAGCAGAUAUUUCUACUUUUGUGGUGUGGAGGGGAAUACUAUGGAAGUAUGUAAUAAUUUCUAAUGUAUAUUUUCAAUACACAGUAAUUUUUUCAAAUAAACCUUUUUGCUGUCCUUAA